AUGUAAUAACAUUUUCAAUAGUAUCGAAUAACAUUAUGACAUUCUCAAAACAGCUUUUUCCUUUCGUUUUCUUCCUUCUCUUCCUCGUCUCUCUCCGACACGCCUCAAACCCUAAUAACUGUUCAUCUUCUUCAUCAAGACCACUCAGAUGUGGACCCUUAGAAGUCCCCAUUCGUUUCCCUUUCUGUAACCAUGCGAGAUUCAAUCUCCACUGCACCGAUCUCAAUAAGACUGUCCUAGAACUUCCUAUGUCCGGAACAUUUCUUGUCCGAGAUAUCGACUACAGAAGGCAAAAAAUCUAUAUCAACGACCCUUAAAACUGUUUGGCUAAACGGCUUUUAACCUUCAACAUUUCAGGAUCUCCUUUCUCUCCUCACUUCGAUAUCUUAUACACGUUCUUGUCUUGUCCUAAUGAGGUCGUGUUGCCGUCUUGGUAUCCGUCGAUUCCUUGCCUAAGCAAUUCUACUUCAUCCUUCUUCGCCACGUCUAAUUAUUCUCUUGCACAGUCUAUGCUUCCUUCUUGUCAAAUCGUGAAGAGAUUACAUGUUCCGGCUACUUCGCCAUUUGGGGAAACAAGAUUCUCGAGUGACCUCAACAAUCAAAGCCUCCUGCUGGAGUGGGCCUUGCCUGAUUGCAGAGCCAAAUGCUUAGGGGCUACUAAAAAAACUGGUAAUUUAAGUAGUGGAGUACUAGUACUAGUUAUAAGCUUGUCAGCAGUCACCGUCUUUGUCUUUCCUACUUGUAUCGCUAUCCGCCUUUACGACUCCGAAAGAUUCGAUUCAGCUAUCGCAGCCGCAACCGUAAUGCAGCAGCCGAGAGAGGUUAUGGCCAGGAGGGGUCUUGACCAAUCUACAAUAGAAACGUUCAAGAAAAUGGAGUUGGGAGAAAGCAGAAGGCUUUCGGGUACUAAUGGUAUUGUGUGUCCCAUUUGUUUAUCAGAGUAUGCGAGCAAAGAGACCGUACGUUUCAUACCGGAAUGUGACCAUUGCUUCCAUGUGGAAUGUAUUGAUGUGUGGCUCAAGAUUCAUGGUUCAUGUCCUCUUUGUCGGAACUCAUGUGCGUGA